AAUAAUAAUUAAGUGAAAAACCCUAACCUAAAAGUAGCAGCUUCAGUCAUUUUCAAAAAUGAAAUAAAAAAAAUAACUCCCCGCGACACUUUCGACAUUUUCUCUCUCGGCAACGGCAACGGCAACGGCAACGGCAACGGCGACGACAAUCAGAGCCCGCCUACAACGUAGAUAAGCUUGUCCUUUCCUCCCAACGCCGCACGGCGACGGCGAUAGAAGUCCAGCUCAGCCCAGCAAAAAAAGAAGAAUGCUUAGAAGAAGACUCUGUUCAAUACUUUCGAGCUCAAUCUUAAGCUCAUCCUCAGUCCGUACCCAAUCCAUUCCAAUACCCCCUACAGUUGGAUUCCAGCAAAUCGUAGAACAGUGCUCCCACCCUUGUUUUAGGAGGAGUAAUGAAGGGUUUGGUGGUUUCGGAGGUCUAAGAGCGUACAGUCUCUUGAGCCUGAACGAUCUGAGGGGAAAUGUCCCGAGGAAGCAGAAGACUCGAAAGGGGCGUGGGAUUGGGUCUGGGAAGGGGAAGACUGCUGGGAGAGGUCAUAAAGGUCAGAAGGCUAGAGGGUCUGGUAAGUUAGGGUUUGAAGGAGGUCAGACACCUUUACGACGUCGUUUGCCCAAACGUGGUUUUACAAACCCCUUUAGCCUUACUUUUCAGCCUGUAGGGUUAGGAAAGAUUGCGAAACUUAUCAAUGAAGGGAAGAUUGAUUCUCACGAGUUGAUUACGAUGAAAACUCUUAAGGAUACAGGGGCAAUAGGGAAACAAAUACAAGAUGGAGUAAGAUUGAUGGGUCGCGGGUCUGACCAGAUCAAGUGGCCUAUUCAUCUCGAGGUAUCAAGGGUCACUGUUAGGGCAAAGGAAGCUGUGGAAGCUGCAGGUGGAACUGUUAGAAGAGUUUACUACAACAAGUUAGGUUUCCGGGCUUUGCUUAAGCCCGAGUGGUUUGAAAAGAAAGGCAGGCUAUUACCAAAAGCAGCUAGACCUCCUCCAAAACAGAAGGAUAAAGUGGAUAGCAUUGGCCGCCUACCCGCUCCUACCAAACCUAUUCCAUUUUCGGUUGAAGUGGAAGAGGGAACCCCUGGUGAAAUAUUGACCACCUAAUGAACUAGGCAAAAAUAAGUUUGUUCGUGUUCAGAAUUUUUGUAUUUCUAAUAUGCAGCUCAUGGGCCAUGUGCUUUUGCGUAGACUAUUAUUUUGCUUGGCUGGAGAACAAAGAGGAAUUUUAUCAUGAGGAAUAUUAGUUAAAAAGGAUGGAAGUUUUCUUAACAAUGCUUUUGGAAUUCAGAUCAACUUCAUUUCUGGCCUUUGUUGAUCUUAAUCAACCUCAUUACUGUUUUAUUUAUUCAUUUAAUUUCAAUAGUUUGGUAUUGGAAUAAUCUUAAAUCUCAGUAUCUUUAGAAUUAAACCCUUGUAAACAAAUUUACUUGUUUAAUAAAAUAUGCGGUUGUAAACUA